AGAUAUUGUGAUGGAAUUAGAAGAUGUUUUGGGACCAAGGUUACAACGUCAACGUCCAUAUGGUUUUAGCGUAGAACAUCAGAUUUUAACUGCUUUGAGGUUUUAUGCAGUUGGCUGCUAUCAGGGUUCAAUAGCGGAGCAAUGGGACAUAGUAUCAAGUCAACCAUCUGUUAGCCGUUGUGUGAGAGUUGUAACCAAUGCAAUUAACGACCUUCUUCUUCGACAAUGGGUUAAAUUUCCUAUGACUAAUGAAGAGCGUUAUAUUGCACAAGAAAAAUUUCGAACCGCACCUCAACCAUUCAAUGGGACUAUUGGAGCAAUAGACUGCACCCACAUAAAUAUUAUAGCACCAAAAGAACAUGAAGAAGCAUACGUCAACCAUUGGGGUGAUCACUCUAUCAAUGUGCAAGCAGUAUAUAUUGUGUUAUAUGAAGUUAUUUUUCUUACUGGCUGCUAG